AUGGAUUUAAUUUUCACCUCCAGAGCAAUUUUUCUAUUAUGCUCUUUGUAUUUUCAAAAUAUUGAGGCUCUUACGAGUAAAGAUUACGCUUUAUUGCCGCCUUUAUUCCACCAAGAUAAUUACGAUAAAUGCAUGCUACUCGAGAAAGAAGCCUUAUACUGUUCUUUCGAAUACAAUUUACAGCCUUUAGAUACUGAUAACCGAUUCUGGAAGACAAUACAAGAAAUUUCACAAGAUCCAUAUUGUUACAAGCACGACAAUGUCAGACAUUCCAUUUGCGUCCCUUUAACUUGUAGCAGGUGGAAAAGUCAUGAAAAUUUAACGGGGGACGAUUUAAGGGCAGCCGUAAAUAAAUGUUACGAUGAGAAAUUCCACGAGUUUAAUUUGAAAGGGACAAUCCGGAAUUUGAAAUGCGACACCGACCAGCCGAGAUAUCCUAUCGAUUCUUUGGACUAUUUUGUUUUAGUGAUUUUCAUCAUAUACAUGGCAAUUAUCGUUAUUUGCACGUCCUGCGACAUAAUCGCCCGAUCGAAACCGCCUGAAAAAUACAAGGCAUUCAGGAACUCCAAAUGGGGAAUAAUAAUUUUGUCUUUCUCGUUGAAAAACAACUGGAUUCGCUUAACGACCGUCCACGAAACACCCGACGUUGAGUAUCUCAAACCGCUACAGGGCGUUCGAUUUUACAAUACAAUUUUAGUGAUAAUGAGCCACACCGUUAUAGCUCACUCCAUGAUGCCUGUUACUAACACUAAAUACAUCGAAACAAUGAGUCACAAAGUUGCUGCGUCUUUUAUCACCAGCGGUCCUUUAUGUACAUCAACAUUCUUCUGGUUAUCGGCCACUUUAUUAUCCUACGGGUUAUUCAGUCAAUUUGAAACGAAACCUUUAACAAACAAAAUGUUGUUAAUGGCGUUCAUGAAUAGGUAUAUAAGAUUAGUUCCAACUUUUGCCGUCGUUUUGCUAUUCGACGUGAGCUGGUGGCGCCACAUGGGCGACGGUCCCUUGUGGAACAACAUCAUUGGUAAAGAGUUUCUGAGGUGCAGGAAAAACUGGUGGACGAACGUCCUCUUUUUGAAUACCAUCGUGGAUAGAUUCAAUAUGUGUUCGCCGACUUUUUGGUACUUGGCUUUGGACAGUCAUUACUUCGUUUUGGUUUUGGUACUGGUGAAAUAUAUAAAACCGCGGGAGAAGCGGAUUUGGACUAUAUUGGGAAGUUUGUUUUGUAUCAACAUUGUUGCGACUUUUCUGAAUAAUUACCUGAAUGAUUUCGAGGCGUAUCUUCUACCUAAAGCAGAAUCCGUAUAUGAAAUGAAGUUGAUAGUAGAUAACCCACAAUGGCAUGGGCAAAUGGUGUCUUCGAUCGGCAAUACUUGCGGCCCGAUUAUAGGAGUUGGAUUCGGAUAUGUGCUUUACAAGACAAGAAACAAGAAAUUAUUUCAAAAAAAUAGACUUGCAUGGCGAAUUUUACAAUAUGCUUUGUCUUACAUACCGGCGUUGUCUCUAAUUAUAAUACCCGGAUGGUACAUUUUAUCGCAGAAACCGGAACACGAUGCCAUUUUGGCUUCUAUUAUAGCUGCUUUUGGACGGCCCAUCUUUAUUCUUAGUAUAAUAUUUGCAGUGUUCUGCUGCAUUCACAACAACGGAGGUGUAACAGAAAGUGUAUUAAGAUGGCAGCCGGCGUAUAUUUUAGGAAGAUUAGCUUAUUGCGCGUAUUUAGUGCAAUUGAAUGUAAUACUUUCAAGAGCCGCCAGUCUCAGAUAUCCCGUAUACAUAAGUGAUUUGCACAUCGUGUACCAUUUAUUAGCAGAUUUAGCGUCAUCGUACUUUUGCGGAUUGUUGUUAAAUUUGUUGAUAGAACUGCCCGUCAGUUCUCUGCAAAAAUUGUUGUUGCCCGUUCGGCCAGAAAGGGGUGAGAUUAAAAAAAAAGUUAAUUGA